CUCGCAUCCCGGCGGGGAGGCGGGCACGGACGGACCCGCGCCGCGCUGCCCGGCCCCGACAGCCCGAGCCCCGACAGCCCGACAGAGAGCCCCGCGCCCAGCAAGGGGAAGCGAUGCUGAUGCUGGACUGCAGCUCCGAGUCUGGUAGUUUCAGCAACCUAUUUGAGACAGGAACCGCUGUGAAUGCACCUGCAGAUGCCUCUGGUCAGUCUCCAGCUCACUUGGCUGCUUGUGGUGGUGAAGCUUUUUUCCUACUGUGGCAACUGCAGACAGGAGCAAAUUUGAACCAACAGGAUUGCCUUGGAGAAGCCCCGAUACAUAAAGCAGCAAAAGCUGGGAGUUUGGAAUGUCUUGCUCUCCUUGUUGCUGGUGAUGCUAAAAUUGACUUGUGCAACAACAGUGGACAGACAGCAGCAGACCUUGCACUGGAUUAUGGCUUUCUGGAAUGUGCCAAGUUCCUCAGGACAAUUCAGCACACUCAGACAAUGAAACUGAGAGGACAGUCUGGAUACUGGCUAAGUGACAGACUUGGCUUGCAGAGAGAGGAUCCAACUGCACAGAAACAAGAAAGUGAAACCAGCAGAUCCAUAAACAGGAAGAGGAGAAGAUCAGAUGAUCUUGUCUCCUAGCUGCCAGAAGAAACAGCUUGUAAUUCCAACAUGAAAUAAGGGGAAUAUGAAGAACCGUGACUGGAUGAUACACCGAGCAGUGAGAUGUGUGUGCUGGGACAUUGUCUCCUUCUGAGAAGGAGGAAAGCUUGUUUAUUGUUACUUCUUACAGAAGCAUUUUUUGAUUUUUUUUUUUUUCCUGGAAUACUUGUAUUCAUUCAGUCAUAAAUAAAUGAGCACAGAAAAAUUAA